AAUGGGAAGCGUCCACAAGCAAAGAAGCAUACACCACACGCCAGGCACACGCCACCACGCGCACUCCCGCACUCAUGCCUCGGACUGCCACAGAGUCCCCGUCCUUUUCCACCUACAUAACCCACUCGCUGCCACCACCAUCACCAACCAUUCUAUUCCUAACUUCUCACCUACCAGUUUUCCAGUCUCCCAGUACCCUCCACCUUCCCUUCUUCAUUACUCUCCUUCCACCUUACUUUCCACCCUCUGUAAAAUUUAUAUAUCUGUUCUAAGCGACCAUGGUCUUGGGCAAAUUAUUUGCAAAACGACAAGGUGGUGGUAGUGAUCACAUGGCGUGGAAGAAGACUGGUGUCGGGGAGCUUAGGCCCAUGCUUCACUUGCUAAUGCCACUCUGCAUUCAUUGGGUUGCUGAGGAAAUGACUGUUUCGGUUCUUGUUGAUGUUGUUACUCGCGCCCUUUGUCCGGAUGAGUCGACCUGCACCCAAGCUAUUUAUAUUAAUGGUCUUCAACAAACGAUUGUUGGAACUUUCAAGAUGGUGAUACUUCCACUUCUAGGCCAGCUUGCAGAUGAGCAUGGGCGGAAACCAAUGCUCCUUCUUACCAUAUCUACUUCCAUAUUUCCCUUUGCGUUACUUGCCUGGAAUCAGUCUACAGAAUUUGUAUAUGCAUACUAUGUGCUUCGUACGAUUUCGUAUAUUCUAAGUCAAGGGAGUAUUUUCUGCAUUUCUGUUGCUUAUGCGGCAGAUGUUGUCGACGACAGUAAGAGGGCCGCAGCUUUUAGUUGGAUUACAGGUCUUUGCUCUGCUUCACAUGUAUUAGGAAAUCUACUGGCACGUUUUCUUCCUGAAAAUUACAUUUUCCCGGUUUCCAUAGCUCUCUUGAUAUUUUGUCCAGUUUAUAUGCAACUCUUUCUGGUUGAGACAGUUAAACUGGCUCCCAAAAGGGAUCAAGAUUCAUCUUGCUUAACAAAGACAAUUAAUAUUUUCCAUAAACGAUUCAAAUCAAUGAGAGAGGCAGCCACAAUAGUUAUAAGCAGUCCGACACUCAGGGGCAUUUCUCUUGUUUCCUUCUUCUAUGAAUUGGGAAUGUCUGGCAUUACUGGUGUCUUAAUGUACUAUCUGAAGGCUGCUUUUGGUUUUGAAAAGAAUCAAUUUUCUGAAAUUCUGAUGAUGGUUGGAAUUGGUUCGAUUGUGUCUCAGAUGUUGGUGCUUCCAGUAAUCAAUCCAUUGGUUGGAGAGAAGGUGAUAUUGAGCAUGGGUUUACUUGCUUCAAUAGCUUAUGCAUUGUUUGACGGCCUUGCUUGGGCAGCAUGGGUGCCAUACCUGAGUGCCUCAUUUAAAGUUGUUGUUGUCCUUGUACGACCUGCUACUUAUGCUAUCAUUUCCAAAGCAUCAAGUUCAACCAAUCAGGGGAAAGCACAAGGAUUUAUUGCUGGUGUGGAAUCAAUAGCAAGUUUGUUAUCACCACUUGUAAUGAGUCCAUUAACUUCUUGGUUCCUAUCUAAAAGUGCCCCAUUCAACUGCAAAGGUUUCAGCCUUGUAUGUGCAUCCAUAUGCAUGGUUAUUGCUUUAUGUUAUGCUUGCUUGCUUAAACCUGACGAAGCCUCAAACUGCGUUUCGGAGUCAGGGGAUGACAUUGAAGCUCCACUUCUAGGUGAUAGUUGAUGAACCAUUGAUUGUAGGUCUUAAGUAAUUUGUAAAUGUUUUUCUUAGCGGAUAAUGUAAAUAUUCUGCGUCCUUGAGUAGAUUGAUGUUAUAAUUAUGUCUGCAAUUUUCUUAA